AUGGUAUGUGAGAUUGAAACGGCUCAUGCACAAGCCAAUCAAAAGAUCUCUGAAACACAUGGUACAUUGUCUUUAAGUCCAGCAACUGAAGAACAUGCGGUGUUAACGUUUUUUUGGGUGGACAACUUCGAUAUGAAUCUUGAGACACAAACUGGUCAUGGCGCAAUAAAUUCAACACACAUGAUUGCAUUCCAAGAAGAGUCACAAAUCACGAUGGAAAGAAGUACAUCGAAGGUUAAAUUCGCAAGAACAGGAAAACGCUCGAUUGAACAAAGUGAUAUGGAGGGUGAAGAAAUGCAAGUUUAUCCAAAGAAAGAGCCUCCCAGUUUUGUUAAUUAUUCAGCUGAUGAAAUAGUGAAAAUCCAGAGACUGCAUGUCUGCGGAACGUUUGCUGACGUGGAUGAUACUUCGACUGAUUAA